AUGAGUUUCAGUAUCUUUUUAUUUUUUAUUUUCCUGAUUUUUUCGCUUUCUCAAGAUUUCUUUUCAAAUUGAAUAGAAAAUUCUUUACCUUAUAUAGAAAACAAGACUUUAAAAGAAAUUACUUUGCCUGGAACCCAUGACAGUGCGUCCUAUUUUCUGACCAGCCAUCCACUUAUAGGUGAAUCUUCGCCAUGGCUUGAAGAAGCCUCAGAAGUUGCUGAAUUUAUGUAUAAGCCUACAUCAACUAUCAUUAAAAAUUGAUCAAAAUGCCAAACUAAAAAUUUCUAUGAGCAAAUGAAAGGCGGGAUUAGAUAUUUUGAUAUAAGAGCAGGUUGGGAUCCAGAUUUACAUGAAUGGAUGACUCAUCAUUAUGUCGUAGGACCUACUGUAAGAGAAGUGAUAAGAAAUAUUACGAAUUUUUUAAAGGAUUUUCAAAGUGAAAUAGUGAUUUUGGAGAUUUCACAUUUCAAUGAAAAUGUGAUUAAUAGUACGAAUAGAGAAGAAUUAAGAGAUAUUCUGAAUUCUCAUAAAUGAUAAAUAAUAGUAAAAAAUAGAAUAAUCAAGAAAGUCUUCGAUAUUUUAUUAGGUAUUCAUGCAUAUUAAAUAUAUUAUUAUAGAAGAAAUAGGAGAAUUUUUAUUUGAAAAUAAUGGAGGCUUUAAUUUCACAAUAAGUCAAUGGAUUAAAAGCGGUAAAAGAGCGAUUAUUACAAUUGAAGAUAUCAUUGAUAAAAAUUUUUGGCCUAAAAAUACUAUUUUUAAUACAUAUGCGAACACUCCGAGCAUAAAUAAAAUGAUGCUGUUUAAUGAAAAAGUGAUAGAAAACUAUAUGCCACUAACAAAAAAUAAUGAGCUAUUUAAAGUCUCAUGAACAUUGACACCAAAUGGAGAAACUGUUUUGGAUUCAAUUUUGCGUUGGAAACCUCAUACUUUGCUCGAGCUGGCCGAAGAAGCCAAUUCCAAUUUUUCUGGUUUUUAUCAAAAAAUGAAAAAUAAAGCAAACUUAUUUGGAAAUAUCCUGAUAUCAGACAACUAUGACCAGUCUAUUUUCAUGCCCAUUAUUUUUGAAAUGAAUGGCAUAGCUGUGAAUAAGCAAGAUUUCCUGUUCAUUUCAUCUUUAUAA